ACUUAGCUUGCUCAUAUUUUGUUUGCCAUGGCACUGCAUUUCAAAACGUGCAUUUUUUCUUUCAAACCUCAUCAAAUUAUGACAACAAAGGCUCAGCUUUCUCAAAGCUUCAAUCCUGCUAAACUUGAUUCUCUUCACAUUGCCAACAAAUGGAACAUUGUUCAAGAAGAAAGAUCUAGCGCAUUAUUCACAAAAACUGGAGAUCUCAUCAGCAUUAAUCACUCAGACAAACUGGAGGUGGUCAAGAAUGAAUUUAUGAACACUGUGGGUGAAAAUUCAUUAAGAGGUUUGUACAUGAUUGAUGCCAUGCAGCGCCUAAAUAUUGAUUACCACUUCCAAGAGGAAAUUGAAGAAUUCCUAAGGAGGCAAUAUGUGAAUUCUACUACUAUUGCGGGUGGUUAUUAUGGUGAUGAUAUUCAUGAGAUUGCACUUCGCUUCAGGCUAUUGAGACAACAAGGUUUCUUUGUGCCCGAAGAGGUGUUUCACAAGUUCACAAACAAGGAGGGAAAGUUCAACCAAAAACUUGGUGAAAAUAUAAAGGGAAUGGUAGAGUUAUAUGAAGCCUCACCGUUAGGCAUAGCAGGGGAAGACACACUUGCUGAAGCUGGUGAAUUUAGUGGCCCAGUCCUAAAGGAAAAGUUGGAUUGUAUAGAUAUCCAUAAUCUUGAAGCUAAGUUUGUGAAGAGAACCUUAGAACAACCUUUCCACAAAAGCUUGCCCAUGUUUACUGCUAGAAAUUUCUUUGGUGAUUUCGAUGCCACGAAUACAUGGUUAGGUUCCUUAAAAGAAGUGGCGAAAAUGGAUUUCAGUUUGCUGCAAUGCAUGUACCAUCGAGAGAUUACUCAAAUUUCAAACUGGUGGACAGGGCUUGGUUUAGCCAACGAGUUAAUGUAUGCAAGAAAUCAACCACUUAAAUGGUACAUUUGGUCAUUGGCAUGUUUCACGGAUCCUACUUUGUCAGAGGAAAGGGUUGAGCUCACAAAACCAAUAUCUUUAAUCUACAUAAUAGAUGACAUUUUCGAUGUUUAUGGGACACUAGAUGAAUUAACUCUUUUCACAGAAGCUGUUUGCAGAUGGGAUAUUACAGCAAUUGAGCAGCUACCAGAUUACAUGAAGGCAUGUUUCGGAGUUCUCUACAAUCUCACAAAUGAAAUCAGCUCCAAGGUCUAUCAGAAGCACGGGUGGAACCCCAUAGACUCUCUACAACAUGCGUGGAAGAGUUUGUGCAAAGCCUUCCUAGUUGAAGCAAAAUGGUUUGCUUCUGGGAACUUGCCCAGUGCCGAAGAAUACUUAAAGAAUGGAAUAGUAAGCUCUGGAGUGCAUAUUGUGAUGGUUCAUGCUUUCUUUCUUUUGGGGCAUGGAUUAACAGAGGAAAAUAUUAAGAUCAUAGACAGAAACCCUGACAUCAUUUCUUCCCCCGCAACAAUUCUUCGACUUUGGGAUGACUUGGGAAAUGCAGAGGACGAGAAUCAACAAGGCAAUGAUGGAUCGUACGUGAAUUGUCUCAUGAUGGAUCACCCACACUACACGACGAGAACAGCAAGAAAAAGGGUGAUGAGUAAGAUCUCCGAUGCAUGGAAGAGCCUCAACCAAGAGUGCUUGUUUGGUAACCAUUUCCAUUCGACAUUCACUAAGGCCUCACUCAAUCUUGCAAGGAUGGUACCAUUGAUGUAUAGUUAUGACGACAAACAGUCCCUUCCAGGGCUAGAGGAGCAAGUCAAGUCAUUGCUUUAUGAUGAUUUUCUUUAAUCUCUAGGUUGGCCUAAAAUAAAUUGACCUCACUGAUUGAAGGAAGUUCCAUAAUGGUUCACUAUUUUCUCAUACUAAAUUUUAUAGAAAAUAAGUUUAAUUAA